AUGGAGCUAGCUCCGGGCCGUCAGCAGGCAGCAGCUAGGUGCCAUAAAAAGGAAGAGGAUGGGAGAUCACUCCGUGGUCCAGUUGUUACACUUGCCAGCAGAUCUCUUCAGGUGAACAGCAGGUAUAUGUUUGAAGUGACUGUGAGUGCGACAGGAAGGCCCGAUGGGAAAGCCCAGCAUAGCAUUAUCGUCAGAAACGAUGUCCAACCAACAGUGGAAAUCGUUUGUUUAAGUAACUGUGGGGAUAAGCUGGUGCCUGGAGUUAGCUGGGUAGUGGCAUUGAAUCAGACGCAGGACCCAAAAUACAUACACUCAUGGUCAGAUAUGAAGAUCGAAUGGAAAAUGUAUAGGUUCAAAAUUGUUUAUAGGCAUAUCUUUUUCUUUUAUCAUACUCACCAGCUCACAUUGGACGACAGCCUGAUACACAUCUUCGACUCUAUAUACAGCUUUCACGUGAAGUAUACGAUAGACGUUGCAAACAACGUUUCCUUUUCUGGAUCUGCCUCGCUCUUAAACAUUUUCGCCAAUGAUAUACCAGUAGCUGGUUCAUGUGACUGUAGUCCAACCCGUGGGUUCUCUAGUCUGACCAAGUUUUCCAUUAGCUGUGCUGGUUUUCACGACAAUGAUUUACCUUUGAAUUUUAGGAUAAUCAUAAACGAUACAGUUGUAGGGGAAGGAGGCACAGCUAAUUUCUCCGAUGUUGUGUUACCUGGCGGACUCAGCCAUGACGAUUACAAUACUAACAUUACCAUAGAAGUCACUGACAAAUAUAAUGGCACUUCCUCGUAUAAUUUCCUUGUACUGGUGUACCCGUCUGUAACAGAGUACAUAGACACCAUCAACCAGCCUCCGGUCAGUACCUCUGGAUGUGUGGUCAGUCCUCUAAGUGGAUAUACACUGAUUACCAACUACACCGUGAUCUGUAGUCCGUUUACAGAUCUGGACCCUCCGUUGACAUACUACCUCUAUCACAAAGGCCAGACUUCAGACACAGAGUCUCUUUUGUAUAAAGGAAAUGAUACCAAAACAACUGCUCUUUAUCUUGGUGAGGGCCUGGGAGAGAACCAUACUGUUUCUCUAGUGUUUAGGGCUAAGGACGCUUACAAUGCAGCUACAGACAUAGACCUUUCUUGGGAAGGCAGAAUCUCUUACACUAAAAUCGGGUCUUCUGAUACAUCAGGGCUGACAAUAGAGACCAUUGGAACCCUUGGAAAUGCCAUCAACGUAGAUACAACUGUCAACAACACUAGUGAUGCAGAUAGACUACAGCAAAGGAGCGAGAUACGUGAGUCGUUGACCCAGUCCCUACUUCAUGCCGAAAUCACACCAAACUUUGAUGUGGUCAACCAGGUUGUCCAAGUACUGGACAGUCUAGUCAAGGUCAAGGAGGAGGUCACAGAGAAACAGGAGGUACAGGAUUGA